AUGGAUCAAAGGAGAAAUGUGACUGAGUUUGUCCUUAUGGGACUCACUCAGAGUAUCCAGGGUCAGAAAAUGCUAUUUGUUUUGUUCUUGCUCAUCUACAUUGUGACAAUGGUGGGGAACCUGCUCAUUGUCGUGACUGUGAUGGUCAGUCCAACCCUGGAUGCCCCUAUGUACUUCUUUCUUGGCUACUUAUCAUUCAUGGAUGCUGUUUAUUCUACCACAGUAACUCCAAAUAUGAUUAUAGACCUACUCACUGAGAAGAAACGCAUUUCCUUCCAUGCUUGCAUGAGCCAGCUCUUCAUAGGGCACUUAUUUGGUGGCGCUGAGAUUUUACUCCUGGUGGUCAUGGCCUAUGACCGCUAUGUGGCCAUCUGCAAACCUUUGCACUAUAUGACUAUCAUGAAGAAACGGGUGUGUGUUCUGCUGCUGCUAUUGACCUGGGUUGGAGGCUUCUUUCAUGCCGCACUUCAAAUUAUCCUUGUUUAUAACCUUCCCUUCUGUGGCCCCACAGUCAUUGACCAUUUCAUCUGUGACAUAUACCCCUUAUUAAAACUCGCCUGCACUGACACCUACGUGAUUGGCCUCACUGUGGUUGUCAAUGAUGCAACAAUUUGUGUGGCCAUCUUCGUGCUCUUGCUCAUCUCCUACGGGAAUAUUCUGUACACGCUGAAGAAUUUUAGUCAGGAAGGGAGGCUUAAAGCUUUAACCACCUGCGGCUCCCAUAUUACUGUUGUGGUCCUCUUCUUUGUUCCUUGUAUAUUUAUGUAUGCGAGGCCUCCUUCUACCUUACCUAUUGAUAAACCCUUGACUCUAUUUUACACUGUUAUCACCCCCAUGCUGAACCCCCUAAUCUACACACUGAGAAAUGGAGAGAUGAAAGUUGCUAUGAGAAAGCUAUGGACAAAAAAGUGA